AGGCAAAACAGUUCUGGAAAACCUACAAGGAAUCAAAUAUUCAAGUUGAGAUUAUAUGAGCUCCACCUCAAAGCGAGUGUAGAAAAGUACUCCAUUCAGGGACUGGAAUGUUUUAGGACUGUCCUCUAUCCCUGCCGUCGACGUCGUCCCUGCGAGUGCUGGAGCCCGAGGUUGGAUCCCAGCCAACAACAGUUCUGAGGACUUAUCGUAUGAUACUCCUCUUCACCGGUGGCUUAUCGCAAUAUGCUCAGGAGUUCUUUCUUCUAUCUCUCCACAGAUUGAUCCUGCAGUGAGUUUUGUGGUACAAGGAAACAAGAUUUCAGUGACAGAUAGUAGAGAGGAUCGUGAGAGCUUUCCGGCAGUUGAUGUUUCGCGCUUAAUUUAUCAUCAUCUAAGUUUUAGAGACUAAACACACCUCCUUGUCGUGCCCUCCGUGAUUUUCAUAAACUAACGUUUAUCUAUGUCUCUAAUUUGUAAUGAAAAUGCUGGUUCACAAUGCAAUCAUGACUUCCUUGAGGUGUGUCAAGAUAACUUCGGCUUGUUGAUUUUAUUACCGAAAUGCGGUUUUCUUCUGUCAGGUGUUGAGAAGUUCUCAUGCUAGCUAGUCUCUGGUAUUUGUAGUGUUUAUGAAUCAGAGUGAUCGACUGGAAGUCUGUCCUAAUGUGUCUUUCAGAGUUGUGAAGUGCAGAUUGCACGCUUACAAUGUUAUGGCUGGGGCGUGUUUAAUUCAAGGAAACCGCAAGAGAUAUACGUUGCACCUAGACUUGGUGGAAGCGCUGUUCGCGAGAAGACUAGAGCUGAAUAAGAACCUUGCAAUGAGUCCAAGAAGCUCAAGAAGAUUGUUGACAGGGUCAAGUUCCGGGACAGACAACCGUACGCAACAGGUACCGCAUCCGAAGAAGAGAUACUGGCUGACACCGCCAGAUCCAGGUCCAAAUUGCGCCACUGCACUCUACGACGUGGCUACAGUUGCUCUUGGUGCUUCAGUAGACCUGGAUUUUUGCGCGGCAAGCGAAACUGCUCGCAAGAAGAGGAAAAUCAAUGGCCUCCUAGAAGGUGGCAUGAACAAGGAGGAGCAGGUCACGAGGGAUCUAUGUAACAGUUUCGAAAAUGGAGAACCCUCCGAUCCUCGAAAUCUGGAUGUCGUACCUUGGAGAAGCACUAGCAAUUCCUCAGACGGGAUGAAUCUGCGUCAGAGCGGUCUGACUUCGGAAGAGGAUGCUGAUGGUAAUGCCCCAAAUGACUCCGCAUUAGCUACAGUUAUAACUGCGGCUGAGCUUUUGACGCAGCUGACAUGCGGGCGAAAUGCGGACACGUAUGGUCAAUCACCAGAUGUCACUUCUUGUGAGCCAUUUCCAGCAGAUUCUAGGCAAGCAUCAGAACAACCAAUUCGCUGGGGAAUCAAGAAGAAGGUGACUUACGAGACCAGGAGAAGCGUGGACUCAUGCGACCUUGGCUUGUGCACUGGUUUGAUACGUCAGUUUUCGGAUGAGGAGAAGGCUGUGUCUGUUACUUCGGCUCACGGCACUCCCAAUCAGAAACUCGACAAAUAUCAGGACAGUCGGCCCCAGAACUCAUUCAGUCCUGGGAAGAAAUGGAACCAGUCCUCUCCGAAAUAUCCAGCCUCUUCAGAGCUAUACAGACAGCUGAGGUCAUCAGGAGAUCAAGCAGUGAUGGAUUCUACGCUGGUUUUAUCGUCUUCGACUACUCAUAUUUCGAGAGAUCAGAAGCAGAACAAAAUACCUUCGUCCACCCGGACAGUUUCAGGAAAUAUUCUUAAGUUGCCUAAAGACAUGCAGGGCCGGUGGUCUAGUGAGAGAUAUAAGUCAGCGCAGCUGAAGCUUAUUGAUAUCAUGCAUGCACGAAAAGCUGUACCAGGAAGACCUAUUCUGAGGCCUGCUCUGCGCGAGGAAGCCAGAAAACAUAUUGGCGACACUGGAUUACUUGACCACCUACUGAAACACAUGACAGAUACAGUAGUAAGUACAGGUGAACGGUUUCGUCGGAGACACAACUCUGAGGGUGCAAUGGAAUACUGGUUAGAGCAUCCAAGCUUGAUGGAAUUGAGAAAAGCAGCUGGAGUUGAAGAUCCGUCAUGGAUACCCCCACCGGGAUGGAAACCUGGCGACAAGCUGUCGGGCAGGAAUUGGCAAAUAAAUCACGGUAUGACUUCAUCCGAAGCUGCUGAGAUGAAGAACCUGAAAGAGACGGUAGAGAAAUUGAAGAGUGAAAUGAAAGUUCUAUGUGGAAGCAUCAAAGUAUCUAACCAGAGGGGUGCACUGACCUGCUCAAGUGUAUUUCACGAAAAAGGGUCGGAAGGUUUGCCUUUCAGAACUGAAGCUGAAGAUGAUAUAAUUAAGGACAUUAGAAAGGACAUGACACAGUUUAAAACCGAAUUGACCAAUAUGCAGCAGCAAUUUCACGAGGAGCGCAAAUCAGGCGCUAACCUAUGCAUCACCUUGGAGCGAUUCCAAAAACUUGAGAGUGAAGUGCUUCAGAUGCAUGAGAGCCAAAAACCACAGGAGGAAAUUCUUUCAGGUGGCAACCAACUUGACCUUGAAGGACAGCUUCAAGAUGUUCGCAAGACUGUGGCUGUAAUGCAGGCGGAUGUUAGCUGCAUCAUGAGCAUGCUGGGGAUUGUACCACCCAUAAAGGCCACACCCUUAAGAUAUCCAUUUGAUCGGAGUACACCUGCAAAGUCUAUGCCCUUGAUGCUCUCAACGGGUGAAGAUACCUGUGUAACACAUGGGCCGUCAGAUGAACCUCAAUGUCCGGGAACCUCAGAGCUGGUACUACACGACUUCCACGUUAUCCCUAAGUUGGAUGUUUCUAUGAGACAGUGCACAACUUUGGAGUGUGCAAUCAGCAGUAACAAUGACGGCAACUCAAAGGAAAUUUCUGCACCAUACACAGAGGGACUUUCACGAGCCCUCUCAAACUACAAACUUGUGAACCAACCUGGUCAGCCAGCCAAUACUCAAGUCGAUGAAGUAAAGAAUCCAACGGGGAGCUCCAUGGCUACUCAAGAGUGUGCACCUCCUCUGGCGGGGGAAAACAAGCAGAGACGGGUUCAGGUUUUCAAUACCCAGAAUUUCAAACCCAUAUUUAAAAGUCAGCCGACCGGAUUCAGAAUCUGCCGCCCACCAGGUAGUUUCAUAUGGCCCAGCAUGUUGAGUUCCAGUCAGUUUCCGGGCAACGUGCCUCCAAUGAGCAGACUAGAGAAUACGGAACCCCGAGUUGAAGAUGGCGCUGGCUAUAGUUCACCGCGUUCGGUUUCUGGAGUACCAUUUUCUCCACACAUGACCUCUGUAAAGCAACCCAAUUAUUCAGCUAGGUCCAUAGCUGAGUGUCAAGUCGCAGCGACAAUGGCAGGAAUGUUUGGGUGCAUGGCGCCUCUAGAAGUAGCCAAGCUGGAAAUGCAGGGACCUCGCAACACUGCCAAUGCCACCAAUUCGCCUCGUAACUCAAUCAUUAGUCAAAGUUCGCAGCAAUCAAACAGCAAGUUUUUACCAAGGAGACAUACAGUGAGCACCGGUGUAGACUUCAGCGCUUCUCCAGCAUCUGAGGGUCGUUCUCCCGCUGAUCAACCCCAGCAGACAAAUGUGCAAAAAUCGACUUCUGUGUGUCCCACGAAACAAUCGACUUGGAAUUUGCUGAACCAAAAGCCUGAGAUUAAUAACAUUGAAACUCCUCAGCGGUCAUUGCCCACACUUCCUCUUAUGACGAAAGGAAUUGUACCGAGUGACAAGGACAACAUGAGCACCGCCACAAAUUCGGGACAUUGCUCGUUACCUGCUGGGCAAACAGACCCAACACUCUCUCUUUCGUUGUCGCUGUCAGUGUCUCCUGGUAUGUGCAAUAGCAAUCCUGCUUUGAAGAAACAGAAGUCCAUCUGACUGAUCGUGAUACGAGUUUGAGUUUCAUACGUGUGAGAACCAGUGAUGUUAUUCAGGUUUGAGGAAUCUUCAACUUGCAGUCAGCUUUACGGUGACAUGUAUGCUCAAACAUUUUGAGAUGCUCAUUAAUCAUAGGCACGUAGGAGAGUUUCCUUCUUUGUUGCACAUGUCAAUCUGUUCGGGCAUCUAAUUUACACCUUUUAUGAUUAGGAUCCUCCUAGUCUUUUGGGUGUUUGAUCCAAAUGUCAUUACUGCAUGCAUUUGUUAAUUUUCUAUUUUCGUUCUCUCUUUACUAAUUUAGGUUG